AUGGCACCAACUUCUAAGGAGCAGAUAAGGAGUAUGUUCCAGCGUGCCUCAGACUUCUACAAGAAGGUUGGCGCUGUCCUUGCCAAUGAUGGAAUCAACUGGACAUUUAUUCGCCCUAGUGUGCGUCAUUACGGUGGUUUGUGGGAAGCAGGUGUCAAGUCGGUGAAGCAUCACUCGAAGAGAGUUGUUGGCGAGCAUACUCUCACUUUCGAGGAGUUUUCUACAGUUCUGGUAGAGAUCGAGGCCUGUCUCAACUCUCGUCCACUAGGUGCCUUGAGUGCUGACGUCAACGAUCUACGGGCGCUCACUCCCUCUCAUUUUCUCAAUGAAGGAGUCUCGGUCUUACUUCCGGAAGAUAAUUAUCCAAAGUUGCCAGAAAAUCGUUUGUCCAGAUGGGCUCCGGCGCGAGGGAGCACGUGCAGUUCAGUUCUGACAGCUCCUCUCGAGUAA